UCCUGGAAUAGAGAUGAUUUCAUUGAUACCAUGAAUGCCAUUAUAAGGAGUCCAGGAUUUAUUCUUGAGAAUAAUUUGAUCAAUGAAAUUGGUCAUGAAGCAGUUUCGUCAUUAAUCGAAUAUAACUUUUUACAUAGACGACCAACCAACAAUUAUGCGAAUGAUAUUAUUAAUCCACCAGAUGAAGUAAUUCUAACCGCUAUGAGCAAGCCAUCAAUAUUUGCAAUGGAGAAUCUUCUUAAAAGGAUCAAUAAUUAG